AUGCCCGUGGAGCACGGUAGACCUCACGCCGUUGAUGUUCCGAUUCUGGACUUGGAUCACCCAGAAGAUGACGAUACUUUCUUCGAAAACACUUCCGAUACAGCGUUCCUUGAGCCCCUAGAUUACGAGAAUCCAGAUGCUCUUCGCAGUCAUGAGCACCCACGAGGGCUCUGGAACAAAGUGAGAGCGUACUUUAACGGGCCCGAGGCAUUUAGACCUGAGUCAUACGAAAUGGUGGACAGAAACGGACCCAGCUCGGAAUCGUUUGAGAUUAGCGAUAGUGAUGAUGCUAGAGACGAGGCCUACAUGAACCAGAAGCUCAAUGAAAGCAAAGUGGCCAGGCUAAAGAAGACAACCCAUUGGGUAGUAGCCGUGGCGGCGUUUCUGUUAUUUGUGACGUGGCUUUCGUAUGCAUACUUUUGGCGGGAUCCCAAGGAUUCCGAUAAGAAGGUGGGUGAAUUUGACGCUGGCAAGCGUCUUCUAUCAAACAGUACACACACUUUUUACCCCACAACGAUAAUUGUGUCGCUAGAUGGGUUUCAUCCGCAUUAUGUCUCACCUCAAAGAACGCCAGCACUUCAUAGCAUGAUGGUCAAUGACUACGGUGCUCCUUACAUGACACCAUCCUUCCCUUCUUCUACGUUCCCCAACCACUGGACUUUGAUCACAGGACUCUAUCCUUCGGAGCAUGGGAUAGUGGGGAACACGUUCUGGGAUCCAAAACUAGAGAAACAGUUUGUCAAUACGGAUCCUAAACGAGGUCUUGACCCUGAUUUUUGGAGGGGCGGUGAAGCCAUCUGGACAACGGCACAUAAACAGGGCGUCAAGUCGGCAGUUCACAUGUGGCCCGGCAGCGAGGUGCCAGGAAUUGGGGAAAAUGGACCCAUGGAGGUGGACCGCUAUAAUGGGACUGAAUUACUUACGUCAAAGAUAGAUCGAGUCAUGGGAUGGCUAGAUCGAGAGGAUAUCAAGAAGAGACCCGAGCUCAUACUAACCUAUGUUCCUACAAUUGACCAGUACGGCCACAAGUUUGGAAUCAGUGGCUCCAACCUCACAGACGCCUUGCGUUAUGUGGAUGAUUUCAUUGCACUUAUGCUUCACGAGAUCGAGAGCAGGAACUUGAAUGAGAUCGUGAAUUUGGUCAUUGUGAGCGAUCACGGUAUGGCACCAACAUCAAACGACAGGCUUUUGUUCAUCGAUGAUGUUGUCGAUUUGGCCAAAGUUGAUCACAUUGACGGAUGGCCCCUCUUCGGUUUGAGACCACAGAAGGGUGUCUCGCCAGAACAAUUGUACAAGGAACUCGAGGAAGGCUUCAAGAAGCUUGACGAAAAAAUCAGAGCAGGCUUCAGUUACUACAAAGUAGAAGACUUCCCCAAAGAAUGGCAGUUUGGGGGUACGAAUGAUGCUCAUGCAUUCAAUUACAGAUUGGCUCCGGUCUGGGUCGUGCCAAAAGUGGGUUAUGCCAUCACUACUCAUCAGAAUUUCAAAGAAAAAGGAAAUAAUUACACUCCAAAGGGAGUUCAUGGCUACAACAAUACCGAGCUUCUCAUGAGAGCAAUAUUCAUGGGUAGGGGACCUUACUUCAGACAGAAAUUGGCAGAUCAUAAGAAAGUUUUGCCUUUUGCUAACACGAAUGUUUACAAUAUACUUUGUGAGUCGCUCGAAAUCAAGCCUUCUCCAAACAAUGGAUCUGCUGUGGGCAGUGAUGACUUUGUGAUCUCCAAAGGCAGCCGUCUUCCAGAGGACUGGAAUGAUCUACUGGUUUACCCAGGGUUAUCCUUCGAAGUUAGUCACAUAGUCAAGGAUGCAACUUACGACUUGCUCUGGAGAAAACCAAGCGGGCGUACAGCUGCCACGACGAUAACGGUCAGCAGUAAUACAAAGCCAGGAAAGAGCUUGAUCUCAGAAGAUUCUUUGCUUGGUAGCUUAUCUACAGAGACUCUACCCAAACCAAGCGACUUUGAGCAGGCAAUUACACAAGCUGCAGAACACGACAGCUCAUCUGAUGACUCAGAUGAGGAUUCUGAGAAGCAAGGGGACUCUUCGGGAAUUUCAGAGUCUCCUGAGUCAGGGGACUCAGACAAGUCAGGGGACUCAGACAAGUCAGAGGAUGAAAAAGAAUCCUCACACAAUCUUAUGGACGAUCUAGGGACUGUUGCUGAUGACAUAGGAGACAUAAUCCAUGAGGGUUUUGAUGCCUUGAAGGGAUUUUUUGGUGGCGGUAACUAG